CUGGGUGGAUUGAAUGGGGAUCUCCCCGGCCGGCCAAGUUCAAGUUGUAGCUUCCGACCCAGCUGCGGGGAGCAGAGCUGCGGCGGCCACGGCCACGGCCACGGGAGACGAGCUUCGUCCACCAGCGCGGCACAAUGGCCCUCCCCAAGAAGAAGCUUCAAGGGCUCGUGGCUGCAACUGUCACACCUAUGACUGAGACUGGGGAAAUCAACUUCUGCGUAAUUAGCCAGUAUGUGGACUAUCUUGUAAAUGAGCAAGGUGUGAAAAACAUUUUUGUGAAUGGUUCAACAGGAGAAGGCCUGUCACUGAGUGUCCCAGAGAGGCGACAACUUGCAGAAGAGUGGGUGACAAAAGGGCAGAAUAAAAUGGACCAUGUGAUCAUUCAUGUGGGAGCAUUAAGCCUGAAAGACUCACAAGAGCUGGCUCAGCAUGCAGCAGAAAUAGGAGCUGAUGGUAUUGCUGUCAUAGCCCCUUUCUUUUUCAAACCUGUGAACAAAGAUGCCCUGAUUGCAUUUUUAAAAGAAGUGGCUGCUGCUGCCCCUGAGGUGCCGUUUUAUUACUAUCAUAUUCCUGCUUUGACCGGAGUAAAAAUUCGUGCUGAAGAGCUGCUGGAUGGGAUUCAGGAUGAAAUCCCCACCUUUCAAGGACUGAAGUUCAGCGAUGUAGAUCUCUUAGACUUUGGACAAUGUGUGGAUCAGAACAGCCAACGGCAAUUCGAUCUCCUUUUUGGGGUGGAUGAGCAACUGCUGAGUGCCCUGGCCAUGGGAGCGACUGGAGCAGUUGGCAGCACCUACAACUACCUGGGCAAAAAAACAAACCAGAUGUUGGAAGCUUUUGAGCGCCAGGACCUUUCCUUAGCUUUGAAUUACCAGUUGUACAUCCAGAGAUUUAUGAACUAUGUCAUCAAACUGGGUCUGGGAGUCGCACAGACAAAAACUAUCAUAACUCUUGUCUCUGGAAUCCAAAUGGGUCCACCUCGGCUGCCCCUGCAGAAAGCCUCCAAGGAAUUUACUCUUAAUGCUGAGGCCAAGCUGAAGAGCCUUGAAAGCCAUUGCUUUCACUAACCAGAUUGAACACUGAGAGGCUUGGGACCGGUCACACCAGGGUGUCUUUGAUGAGAUGUACCCACUGUGCUAUUACAUUUCUCAGGGAAUUUUUUAAUCAGCCUGAACUAAAUAAUAUUUUUAAAAAGCAGAGUCCUAUACCAAUUGAUCAAUCAAGUAUUUAAAGCCUACUAUGAGUCUCAAAGUAAUAUUUUAUUAAAUGAAUAGGAAAGAGGACUUUUCCAUCUACUCUAAUGGGAUGAAAUGUAGUGAGAAAAUUGCAUCACUCUUGAUUCCCCUCACCUGCCUGAGGGAGUUCUCUCAGUAUCUUGCCAGGUUCUGUGCUGCAUCCUUCUUCCUCUCCCUCAGGGUUUCUCAGCUCCUGGGGUUUCACAGUGUGAUAUUGGAUAUUUUUGAUAUUUGCUGGAAUUCAAGGGCAGGUCACAACUUUUUAAAAAUGGCAUAAAUGGGAGCAUAGCCUAGUAUAAAGGGUCCCAGAAUCAACAGAGACCUGAGUUCAAGUCAAUCAGAGUCAGCAAAUAUUCAUUAAACCUGCCUUGCCAGGGCCUGAAACCCUUGCUGCCUGAAGGGAGCUCCUCACCCCUGGCUCUCCUGGGAUUGCCUCCUGUGGCCUUAGGGAAAGAAGCCACUUACAUUGCAACUUCCCUUUCUUUAUCUGUAAAUGGAGAUAACAAUACUUCUUCUACUUACCACAUAGGUUAUUCUAUAAACUUUUUAAAGUACUAUA